GUUCCUUCCACGAUUGGAAAUACUAAGUCAAGAAGAUCUUGUAUAGGUACUUCUACAAAACAAGCAUUUAAUGAUAAAAAUGUUCCUUCCACGAUUGGAAACACUAAGUCAAGAAGAUCUUGUUUAACUGCUUCUACAAAAAAGGCAUCUCAAGAUAAGAAUCUUCUUUCCACAAAGGAAGAUGCUAAUAUGAGAAGAUCUUGUUCGAAUCUUUCUGCUAAAAAAACAUCUCAAAAUAAAAAUAUUGUUUCUACAUUUGUAGAGUAUAGCAAUUCAGAACUUGUUUUUAAAAAAGAAAAAGUCCUAUUCUUUGAUAUUCCCAUAGAUUCCAAGCAAAGAAAAAUUACACGUCCUAUACCUUUCAGUUUUGAAAAUCGUGAUAAAUUGAAGGAACAGUUUAAAUUGAAACAAUCACAGCUUGAUAAAGACAGUAACAAAACUACUGAAAAUCAACAGAAUAAACAAGAUACGAGCAAGACAAAAUUAUGUUUGCCAGCAUGUUCAUCAACUAAGAAAAUCACGAACAUAAGGGUACAAGAAAAAAAAUUAUCAAUAUUAGAUGAAAAAUCUACGAAACAAAAGAAUGAACAAUCUGAUAUUGAUGCUACUAUGACAAGUGAAAUCAAUCUAGAUCAAACAGGAAAUAUUAAACCAAAAAGUAUGACAAUUGGAAUGAACUCUUAUAAGAGAGGGAAGCAAAGGCACGAAUUUGAUGAAAAGAUUAAACAAAAACUAGCUAUGCAAGAGAAACAACGUGAAAAAGAGAAAGCUGCACAAUUAGCCAAGGAAAAAUUAGAAGUGGCUAUGCUUCGUAAACAGACAGUGGUAAAAGCGAAACCUAUGCCAGUAUUUAAACCGCUCUACCGUAUUAAAUCUACUAAACCUUUAACUGAACCACAGAGUCCAGAUUGGAUGUAUAAGAAUAAAAAAAAAACUUCAUAACAUUCUUCGUUGAAUAGGAAAAAGUAUUAAUAUAUUAAGUAUUCCGUUUUAUUUGAAAUAUUCUAUGUAAAUAUGUUAAAGAAUAUAUAUGUAAGAUAAAUAACAUCUUAAAGUGUUAAUGCAAAGAAUUUAUAAAG